UGCGUUGCAAAUCCCUGCCGCUGAGCGGAAGGAGCCGGCAGACGGCGGCCAUUGCAGGCUGCGGCGAUGGCGACGCCCCCGGCCUUGGUGCUGAAGCACCGGCGCACCACCUUGGAGCGGGUGGAAAAGUUCCUGUCGCCCCUUUACUUCACCGACUGCAACCUGUGGGGCAGACUCUAUGGAGACAGUUGCCCUGUGACUUCACUGUCCUGCUUCAUGACUCCAGAACGGAUGCCAUAUGAACAGGCCAUUCAGCAAAACUUCCGCAUGGUCAAAGUUGGUGAUGCCUUUGGACCCACAUGGUGGACCUGCUGGUUCCGAGUGGAGGUGACUAUCCCCAAAACUUGGAUGGGUCAUGAAAUUCACUUUCUCUGGGAGAGUGAUGGAGAAAGCCUAUUGUGGAGGAAUGGGGAACCAGUCCAGGGUUUGACCAAAAUGGGUGAGAAGACCAGCUACAUCCUGACUGACAAGAUGAAGGAAGGAGAUCCCUGGAGCCUGACUCUGUAUGUAGAAACUGCCUGCAAUGGGCUCUUUGGAGCCGGAAAAGGCAGCAUGAUUGCACCACCUGACAAUGAGAAGAGAUUCAAUGUGACCCGGGCUGAUAUGGCGGUGUUCCACCGGGAUGUUUAUGACCUGAUGAUGGAUAUGGAAAUCCUCCUGGGCAUGGCCAAGUGCCUUGGGGAGGGCAGCCAGCGGAGUUUCCAGGCCCUCUACACAGCCAACCAGAUGGUGAACAUGUGUGACCCAACUGACCCUGGUACCUUUUCGACAGCCCGUUCCCUGGCAUCGGGUAUCUUCCGCCAGCGCAAUGGGGACAGCCAGCACACCAUCCAUGCUAUAGGGCACUGCCACAUUGACUCAGCUUGGCUCUGGCCCUUUAAGGAGACAAUCCGGAAAUGUGCUCGUAGUUGGUCAUCAGCCAUCCAACUCAUGGAGAAGAAUCCACAGUUUACAUUUGCUUGCUCUCAGGCACAACAGUACGAGUGGGUGAAGAGGUACUACCCAAGCUUGUAUUCCCGAAUCAAGGAAUAUGUCCGUGCAGGACAGUUUAUUCCAGUGGGUGGCACCUGGGUCGAAAUGGAUGGGAACCUUCCCAGUGGAGAAUCCAUGGUGAGACAGUUCCUUCAAGGACAGAACUUCUUCCUUCAAGAAUUUGGAAAAGUGUGUUCUGAGUUCUGGCUUCCAGACACAUUUGGAUAUUCGGCCCAGCUCCCCCAGAUCAUGCGUGGCUGUGGCAUCCAGCGCUUCCUGACGCAGAAGCUGAGCUGGAACUUGGUGAACUCCUUCCCUCAUCAUACGUUCUUCUGGAAAGGAAUUGAUGGUUCCCGGGUAUUGGCCCACUUUCCUCCUGGAGAUUCUUAUGGGAUGGAAGGCCGUGUAGAAGAGGUGCUAAAAACUAUGAACAACAACAAGGACAAAGGGAGGGUGAAUCACAGUGCCUUCCUCUAUGGUUUUGGGGAUGGGGGUGGCGGCCCCACCCAGAUCAUGCUAGACCGACUGGAAAGGAUGAAGGAUACGGAUGGACUGCCCAGGGUAUAUUUCUCUACCCCAGAUCGGUUUUUCUCAUUAUUGGAGAGAGAUACAGGGCAGCUUUGCACUUGGGUAGGGGAAUUGUUCCUGGAACUUCACAAUGGCUCCUAUACCACCCAUGCUCAAAUCAAGAAGGAGAAUCGGGACUGUGAACAGAUCCUGCAUGAUGUGGAAUUCUUGAGCAGCCUGGCUUUGACACGCAGUGAAACUUUCCAGUAUCCCUCUGCUGAAUUGCAGCAUCUCUGGAGGCUCUUGCUCCUCAACCAGUUCCACGAUGUGCUUCCUGGAAGUUGUAUCCAGCAGGUGGUGGAUGAUGCUCUGACUUACUAUGGAGAGAUUCGAAGCAGUGGGUCCCGCCUUCUGAAUGCUGCAAUUUGGUCUUUGUUUGGAGGAGAGCCAAGCUCUCGCGACCUGAGCCUGCCUCGCAACUUCCUCAUCUUCAACACCCUGUCCUGGGAGCGCACCGAGGUGGUGGCCCUGCCAGGAGCCAAUGGCGCUGAAAACCUGGUGCUGGUGACAGUGCCAAGUAUGGGCUACACCCAAGCCCCCGCUCCUGCCCCGCCUCCUCAUGCCGUCAGAGUGGUCCAGGAGGCCGAUGGCUCCGUGACACUGGAGAAUGGCAUUAUCCGAGCACACCUGGACUCCAUGGGCCAUUUAAACUCCUUGGUUUUGGUUUCCUCAGACAGGGAAACUGUCCCCCGAGGUGUCUUUGGCAACCAGUUUGUGAUGUUUGAUGACAUUCCCUUGUACUGGGAUGCCUGGGAUGUGAUGGAUUAUCAUCUGGAGACCAGGAAGCCAGUCACAAAGCUGGACCAAGCCCUCGAGGUGGGGAUCCCAGGAGGCCUUCGAGGCAGUGUCCACUUCUCCUUGCAGCUCAGUAACCGAAGCAUCCUGACACAAGAAAUUGUGCUAGAUGCUGCCUCUCCAUAUCUCCAGUUUCAUACUGAGGUAGACUGGUAUGAGUCUCACAAGUUCUUAAAGGUGGAGUUCCCUGUAUGGGCCCAGACCACAAACGCCACCUACGAGAUCCAGUUUGGGCAUAUCCAGAGACCAACGCAUUAUAAUACCUCUUGGGACUGGGCUCGAUUUGAGGUGUGGGCCCAUCGAUGGAUGGACCUGUCAGAACAUGGCUUUGGAAUGGCACUUCUCAACAACAGCAAGUAUGGGGCCUCUGUCCGGAACAACAUCCUCAGCCUCUCCCUCUUACGGGCGCCCAAAUCCCCCGAUGCCAAUGCGGACAUGGGCCAUCAUCAGUUCACCUAUGCAAUAAUGCCACACAUGGGAACAUUCCAGGAUUCUGGAGUUAUCCAAGCUGCCUACAACCUCAAUUACCCCCUCCAUGUUAUACCCACUGGGCCAGUCCUGUACCGACCUUGGAGUGCUUUCUCUGUCUCAUCAUCUGCCGUAGUGUUAGAGACUGUUAAACAGGCCGAGGCGGGACUGCACCCCUGUGCCCUAGUGCUGCGAAUGUAUGAAGCACAUGGCAGCCAUGUGGACUUAUGGCUGCAGACAUCGCUUCCUGUACAAGAAGCUGUCAUUUGUGAUCUUCUGGAACGCCCUGACCACCGGCAGCGCCUGACCCUUGAGGGCUCCCGCCUGAAGCUCUCCUUCUCCCCCUUCCAAGUGGUUUCUCUGCUCCUUGUGUUGCAGUCCCGAAGCCCCUGAUCGAGACAUAGGAGCAGCACCUUGGGCCUCCUUACCCCGAAAUUCCUGGUCCCCAGACCUCAACCAAGUAGGAGCCCCCUGCAUGAUCCUAAGCACUUCCAUUUUGGUCCCAAGCAAGCACCAGACUCCCCCAACCCCUCUGCUUCAAAGACAAUUGCUAGUGGGGUAAGGAGCAAAGCCAGCCUCUUGUCCAGCUCCUGGGACGGCGCCCCAUCGCUCUGCCCAAGGAGCCGGUGUCCCUGACUCAGCCAGGGCCCCUCAGCCUCUGGCUCAUGCUGAAGAAUUCCAGUGAGCCACUGGGGGCUAGUGCGUCUCAAAGGCACACCCUUGUCUCCUUUGCCCUUUCCUUCCCUGAAUUCCCCUUGGCCCUCGGAGCUGGUUUCUGAUACACUGGACAGUGGACACGUUUCAGUCAGUCCAAUAAAUAUUUUCCUUAGCCAGCCCCA